GAUGAGAGAGAGCUCGUCCCAAAAAUCAAGCAGGCGAAAGACGUUGGUGUGUGAAUGCUAUGAUGAGUUGGAUGCAGACUGCUACCUCUUCCUCCUCCACUGCCACCUCUCCUCCUCCUCCGAGGAACCCGUUCCGGAAAGCGGGAACAGAAGCUCCGUACGAGCUGAAAGACAUGAAGACAGGGUGCGUGGUGAGGGUGGACAUGCCUGGUUGUCCGGACUCGGACCUCGAAUACUGGGUCGACGGCAACGCCGUCCACUUCUUUGCCGACGACCCCUCCUUAGCCGAUCACGGCUACUCCGGCCGUAAGUACGGAGGGUCCAUGAUCUUCAACCCCCAGCAGUACGACCUUAAGAGGGUCAAAGCCAAGCUCGUCCAUGGCGUUCUCUGGAUCUCUAUCCCAAAGCUCUCGGUCUCCUCCAGUAAUAGCAGCUCUUUUUCCUCGACACUCAUUGUCCCUAAUCCACGCCCUUAAUCCUCUUUCUUGUGCGUUUAAGUUCCACGUAUGAACAGUAUCGUGUCUUUGAGUUUUGUUGUUAGUGUCUGUGUUCUGUUUGCCGUCUAGGGUUCUUCCUUUCUUCCACGUUCUGCUUUUGCUGUUGCAAUCUAUGUCUCGUCAUUGUCUGUUCUAUUUUGUGUGUGAUUAAUGAAGUGGUCUGAAUCGCCUUUGUUUUUCA